AUCGUGCUCUUGCCAUGUUCGUACUCGUUGCAUACAGCGACGGGUCUGAUCCGCGCACAUAAGAGCCGAAGCGAGCGAAGUGAUCCAUCCAGCCCCGUCGUACGCUUUGCACUCGGCGCUGCAGCCAGGCGACCCUUGUCCAGUGCUCACCCGCGCUUCCCUCGCGCGUCAACACGAGCUCACACACUCACGCAGCGUCUGCUACAACAGCAACUGCGAACGAGGCGCCUGUGACGAGCUAACCUCCAACUCCGUGCUCGAGAGAGAGCGACUUUGCAAACGCCCUUUGUGUGACGAACAUUCGCCAUGGCGACGCCGCAAGAGCAGAGUCGCCAGCACGUAGGAAAGGCGCUACAGCAGAUCCGCAACAAGCAGCCUGCGCCGGAGAUCGACUUUACGAUCCACGUUACAGAAGAUGGGACGCAGGUGUCGACGCAGGAGCGAGUCAUCAAGGAUGUGCAGGCUCCGGCGUUUUUGAAGCCCACAGACGAGCAGUUCUUCUCGUCCAAGGACCCCACCAAGCCAGACAUUGCCUUCCUCAAGAACCACUUUUACAGAGAAGGAAGGCUGACGGAUGAGCAGGCCUUGUUCAUCAUCCGGCGAGCAACAGAGAUUCUUAGGACAGAGCCUAACUUGCUGGAAGUCGAUGCGCCUAUUACUGUGUGCGGCGACAUUCAUGGGCAAUAUUACGAUCUAAUGAAGCUGUUCGAGGUCGGUGGCAACCCUGCGGAAACUCGGUAUCUCUUCCUUGGUGACUAUGUCGACAGAGGGUACUUUUCCAUCGAGUGUGUACUGUACUUGUGGGCGCUCAAGAUCUGGUACCCGGAUACCCUUUUCCUCCUCCGAGGCAACCACGAGUGCCGGCAUUUGACAGAUUACUUUACAUUCAAGCUGGAGUGCAAGCACAAAUACUCGGAGCAUAUCUACGACGAAUGCAUGGAGUCGUUCUGCACAUUGCCCCUCGGCGCGGUCAUGAACAAGCAGUUCCUCUGCAUCCAUGGCGGCCUGUCACCAGAGCUGCAGACGCUAGAUGACCUUCGGAGUAUCAACCGCUUCAGGGAGCCGCCGACACACGGGCUGAUGUGUGACCUGCUAUGGGCGGACCCGUUCGAGGACUUUGGUACCGAGAAGACCAAUGACAGCUUCAUCCACAACCACGUCCGAGGUUGCUCUUACUUUUUCACCUACACCGCCGCGUGUCAGUUCCUCGAACGAAAUAAUCUCCUCUCGAUCAUUCGGGCGCACGAAGCGCAAGACGCCGGUUACCGCAUGUACCGCAAGACCAAGACGACCGGAUUCCCAUCAGUAAUGACCAUCUUCUCGGCUCCCAACUAUCUCGACGUGUACAACAACAAGGCGGCCGUGCUCAAGUACGAGAACAAUGUGAUGAACAUCCGACAGUUCAACUGCACGCCCCACCCCUACUGGCUGCCCAACUUUAUGGACGUCUUCACCUGGAGUCUUCCCUUUGUCGGUGAAAAGAUCACAGACAUGCUCAUCGCCAUCCUCAACAUCUGCAGCAAGGAGGAGCUGGAGGAGGAUGAGGAGGAGGAUGAGGAAGAGGAUGAGGAUGAGGAGGAGACGUCGAUCAUCGACGAGAACGGCGAGAGAAAGGUGGUGGUCAAGAACAAGAUUCUCGCCGUCGGCAGAAUGUCUCGCGUCUUUGCUUUGCUCCGAGAGGAAGCCGAGAGAGUAUCCGAGCUCAAAUCUGCGUCCGGAGAGAACAAGCUUCCGUACGGCUCGCUUGUGCUCGGCUCGGAGGACAUUAAGGACAACAUCCACAAUUUCGACGAAGCUCGCAAGGUCGACAUUGAGAAUGAAAGGCUUCCCCCUGAUCUCAUCGACGCCGACGAGCAAGGUCCCGCCUCGCCAGCGCAGGGUGCAGAGAUCUCGCCGCGUCCAGACGACUAUGCCGAUUCUACACCGAGCAGCCCGACACCGUCGCCGAUCGCGCCUUCUUCCCCCGGCUCGUCGGCGAGCCAUCGUCGUGGGCAUUCGAGGACGUCGAGUCUGGGCACCACCAUGUCUAGCCCUUCUAACAGGCGGAGAUCGUUAGAGUCUACGAUCUCGAUGAUCAGAGAAGCGAUGCAAGGGGAAGAAGGCCAAGGCGAUGCGUCGCUCGAGAAGAUCGCCAAGGACAUUACGACGCCCAGCUCACCGCGUUCACGCAGGUCGGGCGACAGUAAGUAGUUGCAGCAGCAGCAGCAUCGCGUCGAGCGCGGACGACGGCGAAGGUGAAGAUGUUGCGGUCGGUAAACGAGGGACACGCAAGCUGGCAUUGGUCCUGUGUAGCAUUAUUCAUUCACGACGAGCAUGCUCUUCCCUAUCU